GUGCCCAUCUGCGACUGUCACUUCGCAAUCGACCCUCGCAAAAGAAAGAAGAUUGACGACAGUGCUUCGUCGUUCGUUCUGAAAAAUUAGUUUUAUUUUACAUGAAAAUCCGGUGAAUUAUCUUGAUUUUGUUGCCAAAAUCAAGCGAAAUAGUUCGCGCUAUUGUGCGAUUAUCGGUGCGCGUUCGUGUGCGGUUAUGGGAAAAGGGCCAAAGUGCGCUAUCUGAUCCCGAAGGUGAUUAUGGUGGGGGAUAUCGAUUUGAAGGUGAAAGUGCUAAGGCCCUGAUGGGAAAAUGAAUUAGUCGCCUUUGUUUCGGUUGCUGUCUGUCCGUCUGUGUCUGUUUUUUGGUGGGGAUCCAAACAAAAACAACACUUCCUGCUCAUCUGCUAUCGCUGGCUGUCUAUCUGCGCAUUUUCUACCCGAUUGUAUUAUUGUGGCUUAGCUGCGGCGAUUACGGUGUGUGCACGGCAAUAACUAGUGCGUACAAGAGCAAACGAGCGAGGAAAAGCAGGAAACGACGAAGGACAAACAUCAGAAUGUCACUGCUCUGAUAGCGAUCGUUGUAGCCAUUUGUUCGACUGAUCGAAAGAGCUGAACGAUGGAUCGCAAUUCGGUAGCCAUCGGCAUCGAUUUCGGAACCAGUUUCUCCAGCGUAGGCAUCUAUCGCCGCGGGAAGUUCGAAAUCGUUGCAAAUGCCGCGGGAAAUCAUCGGAUACCGUCGUGCGUGGCCUUCACCGAUAAGGCGCGCUUGGUCGGAGAGGAUGCAUUGGCGCAGGCCGAUACGGACCCUGGAAACGCCGUGCUGGAGGUGAAGCGGAAGUUAGGUGGACGUAAGGAAGAUAAACUGCAGGUUCAGUUUAAGGGUGAGACGAAGGCGUUCUACCCGGAGGAGAUAUGCGGGGUGAUAUUGGGACAUCUGAAGGCGAUGGCAGAGCGGAAACUGGGUCAAACGGUGGGUUCGGCAGUGAUCGCAGUACCGGCGGGGUUUACCGAUGGACAACGGCAGGCUCUUCUGGAUGCGGCAGCCAUUGCUGGAGUCAACGUGCUGAGAUUAGUGAAUGAACCAACGGCGGCAGCUAUCUCCAAUGGCAUACACAAAAAGGUGAUCGGGGAACAGUGGGUUUUGGUGUGUUCGAUCGGAGGAGGACAUCUGGACGUGUCGAUCAUGACGAUCUACAACGGAGUGUUCGAGGUAAAAGCAACUUCCGGAGAUAAUCAGCUGGGCGGAACGGACUUUGACGAUAGGCUUGUGGCGCACUGUGUGAAGGAAUUUCGCGACAAGUACUCCAACGAUCUGUCGUCCAGUAAGGAAGCCUUGCGCAAGCUUAGGAAAGCCUGUGAGCAGGCGAAGCGAACGUUAUCUUACACGAAUCAGGCGUUGAUCGACAUCGAUGACUUGUACGAAGGUCAACGGUUCGAGUUUCUUUUGAAUCGUGAUCAGUUUGAGGAACUCAAUCGCGACCUUCUCGACAAGAUUAUGCUGCACGUCGAGAUGGCAUUGCGCAGGGCUCGAAAGGAUCGAUUUGCCAUUCAUGAAAUUAUGCUGGUUGGUGAGAGUUCUCGAAUACCUAAAGUGCAGGUGAUGCUGAGUGAGUUCUUCGAUCGCCGUUCGCUCUGUAGCUCGAUCAAUUCGGACGAAGCAGUUGUGGUUGGGGCUUCGAUAGCUGCAGCAAUCCUAAGCGGUGAAAAAUCUCCGGAGAUCCAGGAUAUUCUGUGGUUGGAUCUAGUGCCGCGAUCAAUCGGUUUAGUGUCCGAAAGUGGAACUGAAGAUUCACCGAGGAUUCUAAUCAGCAGAAAUUCGACAGUUCCUUUGAAAGUGAAGCAUCGAGUGAAAAAUUUUCAUGAAAUGCAACUCCUGUACGAAGGAGAAAGUGCCAUUGUUAGUGAUAAUGUGUUGCUGGGGAAGUUGAAGAUUGAAGGAACUUUUGGGGAUAUUGAAGACGUGGGAUUGUUGUUCAGCACGGAUACUAACGGAAUUUUGCAUGCCAUUGUGGAAGGAAACAUUGACCUGAAAGCUACACUAGAUAAGGGAAGAUUAGAACGUUAUGAAAUUGAUAGAAUCGUGUAUAAACAUAAGAAGAUCCUGCUGGAAGCCGAAAAAUACGAGGAAGAUAUUAAGGAGCAGGAAAUGGCUGUGGAAAAGCUUGCCAUUCAAGCAACCCUUGAUCUGGAUGAGAAGGCUGGGAGCUGGGAUCGUUUCAGUGAAUGGAUUCACUGUAUUUGCAUAGUAACCUUUGAUCUUGAGCUUGGUCAAGCCAUGGAACUGAUCUACCCAAAGCACGUAACAUUAACCGAACAGGAGAAAACGAACAUUUGCUACCUGGCCUUUCCGGAUUCCAAUUCCGGAUGUAUGGGCGACUCUCAAUUCCACAUCAGACUUCGGGUGUCACCCGGAUCCGAAUCUUCAUCACUUCGGAAAGAGCAUCUCGAUUUUAAUUGCCACUGUCUUCCAGUGCACCGGGCAGAUCCAGGUCACUUUUGGGGCUUUGUGUACUUCCGUCAAAUCAAGGAUGCUACACUAAAACGAGGAUACUUUCAGAAAAGUUUGGUCUUACUCAGUCGACUCCCAUUCAUCAAUCUCUUCUACGAGCUUACCGCCUUGAUUGCACCUGCCUUUUUCUCCAGUGGGGAACCCACUUUGGAAGCUGUCUGCGAUAAUAUUUGCCAUUGGCCAUCCCUGAUGGCAGGAGAAAACAUGUCCCUCCAUCUCCUGGGAAGCAUCUACGAGAUAUCCAUUCCUAAGCAGAACUUCAAAACCUCAUCCACGGAGAAGCCCAAACCAGAGACGACCAUCAGCCCAAGCCCUCAAACGCAAAUCAUUGCGUCGAUCCACGAAAUUGAUAUUUUCAAAAGUCUCCAGUUCUUCCUGCCACAUAUCCAUCUUCUCUGGGAAUUGGUCCUGACCGGUGAACCAAUCGUAGUUACCGGAACAUCCCCAACUGAUUGCGCCCAUAUGGUCCAAUCGCUAAUGAGCCUUAUCAGUCCGCUGUCUUAUUGCGCCGAAAGUCGACCUUACUUCACUAUCCACGACACCGAGUUCAAGGAGUUCACCCAGAACAAAAACGGCCAUCCGUCAAUUAUCCUCGGCGUUACAAAUCCCUUCUUCGCCAAAACUCUCCAGCACUGGCCGCACAUGAUCCGCCUCCCAGAUAGCACCGAAACCAUCCUACAACAGAAGCAGAAGCAAACAGUGACACCCGCCGGUACCACAACUCCCACCAACUCCAGUUCAUCAUCCGAUUCGAAGCUAUCCAAAAUCAAGCAGAUCACCAACAAACUCCUGGAUUCGUCCCCCGGAGUAUACACCCAGUACAAACCGUUCAUCUCCAAAGAUAAGGCCUUCAUCAAAAAGAUCCUCCUCGGGAUCAAAACCGAACGUCCACCGUCGGUGCAAUCUGCCCUGCUCCGACGGCAUUUCCUCGAGCUAACCCAGAGCUUCAUGAUCCCGCUGGAACGCUACCUAGCCUCCCUGAUGCCCCUUCAGAAAGAUAUCUCCCCCUUCAAAUCCGCACCCCUUCCAAAUCCCUUCAAGCAAGAAGACUUCCUGGCCACCCUCGAAGGAAACGGUCCGCAUCUCACGCCCACCUGCAAGGGCGACUGGGAAGGCCUCUACAAGCGGUUCUUCUCGUCGCCGAACUUCAAGGGCUGGUACGAGUCGCGUUUCUUCGAGCUCCAGCAAACCCUCCAAGCCCUGCACAUGCAAACCCUCUCCGAGUCGAAUCUCACCGAGUGGGUCAAGGGGAAGCACGAGGUCGAAAUCGUCGACAUGAUACUGCGCCUGAAGCAGAAGCUGCAACUCUGCAGCAGCACUCAGAUGGCGGCCCUUCCGGUGCAGCUCAAUACCAAGGAUACUCGCGAACAGCUGCUGAAGCAUCUGGAAAGCAUGAAACGGUGUCUUCCGGAUGACCUGAAGCAGAUUUUAAACAACAUCUGAUGAAAGGGGAACACUGACGGAAUUGUGCAGCUGCGCAUGAAGUGAGUGUUUUGUGUAUUAAGUUUAAGUUUUUUUUAAUCAAAUCGAUACGGGAAAUCCAUUGCUUAGCAAAUCUGUGUAAGAGAUCAAUUAUACAAUACAAUGAUAGGAUAAUUACAAAUGAAGCGAUUUUAGUUCAACGGA